GUUCUGUGGGGAGUGCCUCCAGCCGUGCCUGCAGGUGCCGUCCCCUCUGUGCCCGCUCUGCCGGCUGCCUUUUGACGCCAGGAAGGUGGACAAGGCCACCCACGUGGAGAAGCAGCUCUCUUCCUACAAGGCACCGUGCCGUGGCUGCAGCAAGAAGGUGAGCCUGGCGAAGAUGCGUGUCCACGUCUCCUCCUGCCUGAAGGUGCAGGAGCAGGUGGCCAGCUGCCCCCGGUUCGUCCCUGUGGUGCCCACGUCCCAGCCCGUCCCCAGCAACAUCCCCAACAGAUCUACCUUCGCCUGCCCAUACUGUGGGGCCCGAAACCUGGACCAGCAGGAACUGCUGAAGCACUGUGUGGACAGCCAUCGUGGCGACCCCAACCGUGUGGUGUGCCCCGUCUGUGCGGCUAUGCCCUGGGGUGACCCCAGCUACAAGAGCGCCAACUUCCUCCAGCACCUGCUGCACCGGCACAAGUUCUCCUACGACACCUUCGUGCUCCACCCCUGUCUUCCAGGACUACAGCAUCGACGAGGAGGCCGCCUUCCAGGCUGCCCUGGCCCUGUCUCUCUCUGAGAACUGAAGGCGGUGCCUCAGCCUCCUGUCAAGCCAGGGUCCAGGACACCCUCCCACCGGGGGACAGGGCCACACUUGCUCCCCUGCACCUACACUGCACGGGGUCGCGUGCACUCGAUCACGCGGAGGCUCCCCUUGCUCCGGGAGGGCCCAUCCGUGAGCCCCAGCCCAGACGCCAGCCAGCUGGCCCGUCACUGCUAGAGCAGCCCGCCAUGCUCCCGGCCGGCGCCACCGGGGAUUCGGUGCUUCGGGCCCAGCCGGCGGCUCGCAGAGCAGGUGCUGGCCCGGCGGGACUUGGAGAGCCGCUGCUCUUCAAAGCCAUGGCGCCCUCCUGUCACGGAGAAGGGGUGGGCGGGCCCCACUGCUGAGCAGGAGGGCUGGGGCAGGAGCCCGGCCAGCCGCCGCCCAGCCCCUGCCCACGCUUCCAGCUGCGCGUUUGGUACUGGCUUUUGUGGUACCUGGGCGUCCGGGCGUUUUCUACAACCCCGCUGUGACGCCCUUUUCACGUUUUAUAGACAAGCAGUCACUCCUCACACUGCAGUAUCUGUCUGACUAGGAAUAAUAGUAUUUUUAUGGAACAUUUACAGAAUUAUAUUUUUUAAAAAAAGAUUAAAAAUAAACUCCGGGAUUGUGCAAGGAGGGCCAGGGCAGGGCCAGCACAGGAGGGAGCAGCACGCACCCAGGGCAGCCCCGCACGCAGGCAGCGGAGUCCGGUCACCUGCAUCCAGCAGGUCUCGUCUGCUUCCCCUGGAAAAUACCUGGGAGAGGCCCCAGGCCCCUCCUCGGCCACUCGCAGGGCCCCUACCAGGUGCUGGCCAGUUGCCCUCACUCUCCAGAGCUACCCCUUGAGCAGGGCUGUGCUUGGCAGCAGGUCGGGCCUGGAAACUGGCCGGCCCGGGUUCUGUCCGUGGCGUAAGUUAUUGCUGUCUUUAAAACGUCAAUAAAACGUCUCCGAGCAUCCA